UUAAGCUCCACAAAAUCACUAUAAAUCUCCUUCUCCUGCUCCUAGUAGGUGCAAAUGAAACUUAAAAAAUAAAAAAUAAAAAUAAAAGAGAGAGAGAGAGAGAGAGAGAGAUCAUGGGAAGGUCACCAUGUUGUGAGAAAGCUCACACAAACAAAGGAGCAUGGACAAAGGAAGAAGAUGAAAGGCUCAUAGCACAUAUCAAGGUUCAUGGAGAAGGAUGUUGGCGUUCACUCCCUAAAGCAGCUGGACUUCGCCGGUGUGGCAAGAGUUGCCGUCUCCGGUGGAUAAACUAUCUCCGGCCCGAUCUCAAACGCGGUAAUUUCACACAAGAAGAGGACGAGCUCAUCAUUAAACUCCAUGGACAUCUCGGCAACAAGUGGUCGCUUAUCGCCGCGAAAUUACCAGGCAGGACGGAUAAUGAGAUCAAGAAUUACUGGAACACGCAUAUAAAAAGGAAGCUAUUGAGUAGGGGAAUAGACCCAGCGACGCAUCGGCCAGUGAUGGAGUCGGCGGAGAAGAAGGACGAGAAGGUGGCCAAUGGUGAGGUAGGGCAAGAGGCAUCUUCAUGGCAAUGUCCUGACUUGAAUUUGGAGCUUUGCAUAAGUCUUCCUUCUCAAGAGCCUGUGAAGAUGGAGAAAACUACUCUUUGUUUUAGUUGUGGCUCCUCUGAGUGCAAGUGUGACACUAAUUUUCUUGGUCUCAGCAGUGGAGUUUUGGACUAUAGAAAUGCCCAUAUGAAAUGAGAACACUGAAUGGUAGUCUAGUGUAGUUGGAGGGAAAACUUUUAUGUUAAUUAAGAGGCAUGCUUUCAUGUGUUUAAUUAGAGAUCUUCUUGGUUUUUUGAA